GUGGUCGAAAGGGCAGGCAGGAAAAACGACCUGAUCAUGCUUUCUGAGAAAAAUCAGCUCGUUUUGGCUGACGAAGAAAGAAUUAAAACCGUAGGAAGAAUGACCAAUGUCGCUUUCCGAUUAGGUAAAGUGCAUGCGCUUGGGGAUGUCGUAGUUCUAGAUGUCAAUACGUACGACGUUCUCUUCGGACUUCCCACUCUUGUGGCGUUACGAGCAAACCUGGACUUCGAACGACGAUUGAUCGUCCUCCGAAAUACCGGAGGAAAACCCUACGCUGUGCCCAUGCGAUUGACCCUUCGCACUACUAUUAACACGGUUCCGCGGGUUUCGCCGAUGAUGGCAGGGACUCUCCGCAUGAUCUCCUGGAAUGAAUCCGCAGACGGAAAGUCGUCAACAAAAGAUGCAGACAACAGUGACGAGGAUGACCCGGAGAUCUUGAAACUAGCACGACAACGUGUUUGUUACCCGCCACCCAAAACGAUAGCAAGAACGAUGCAACUAACCAGCCGAAAAAUUCAAAGGACCAAGGCGAUGAUCUUGGGUGAGCCCCUCGUGCAGAUUUCGAGGAUGGUCGAUUCUUUGGAACCCCCUCAAACUCUGUACGAAGGAAUCACCCCUCUCCUCGCCCAGUACAGCGACAAGAAGCAUUACUGUGACAUUACGGAUCUACCCAAGUCCUUACUAACUUCGGCUAAAGAAGUGAGACUGUUACGCUUGGGGGCGGAAGCAAGCUCUCUAGAACCCCCUGGGCGUUUUGAAGCGGAAACAGACGGACUGGGGAUAAAGAUCGCAACUAAGGAAGUGUCAUGGCAGGAUGUUUGUGACGGGAUUACCUCGGAAGGACACGUGGCAAUCCGAGAAGAAGAUGCUCAGAUGAUGGCCACGGUAUUCUCCUGGCGAUCGGAUCAUUCAUUCAUCUCGGCGCCUCCACCCGAUUUGACAAAACAGGUGAACACGAAACAGAUUGACGUUCGGAUCUGGGACCAACUGUUUGAACUGCACGUUCCACAAUAUGUGCCGGACGAAAUCCACCGGGUAAUUGCGGAUAUUCUAACGGAAUAUCAAGGAGCGAUUAGUGUGUCAGACACUGACAUUGGGUUAUCGUUAGUAAUCCAACACGAAAUUCAGACAGGAACUCACUCCCCGAUUCAUUGCAAACCUUAUCGCUAUUCCUUGAUUGAACGCAAGAAGGUUCUCGAACGAAUUCGGGAGUUCGAAGCCAGCGGUUGGAUUGAACCCGCUACUGGACCUUGGUCCUUUCCCGUAGUGUUAGUACCGAAGAAGAACGAGGCGAUUCGCAUUUGCAUUGAUUAUCGCAAGCUGAACGAAAUCACGAUCAAAGAUGUGUAUCCCCUCCCCCGGAUUGAUGAUCUGUUGGAUGCGAUUGGAUGCACUAUUUAUUUCAGCAAGUUUGAUAUUCGGCAUGGCUUCCAUCAUAUUCUGGUAAGGGAAGAAGAUCGGCCGAAAACGGCCUUUGUGUUGUUUGAGGGUACGUGGCAGUGGGUUCGGUGUCCGAUGGGGAUUUGCAAUGCGCCUGCCACGUUUCAGCGAGCGAUGAACAUGACGUUCCAGAACUUCGUCAACAAGACACAGCUGACGCAAGGAAUGAUUAACUUCUGCGUGAUCGUGUACAUGGACGACAUCCUGGUCUAUUCGGAAACCUAUCACGGACACGCGCAACACAUCGAAUGGACGUUGGGUGCAUUGAGAGAUGCUGGGUUCAAGAUUGCGCUUAAGAAGAGCGAAUUUUUCCUCUCGGAAAUUUCGUUCUUGGGCUCUGUCGUGACACGUGGAGGAUUGCGGCCAGAUUCGAGAAAAGUUGCGGCGGUAAAGGAAGCUCCGAUUCCUACGUCACAGACGCAGGUUCGAGCCUUCUUGGGACUGGCGUCGUACUACCGGCGCUUCAUCAAGGGCUUUGUCGCGAUUGCACGACCACUAAUGAAUCUGCUACGGAAGGACCAGCCUCUCAGCUGGGACGCGGAGUGCCAGCAGGCCUUUGCAACCCUCAAGGACGCUCUAGCAACGACCCCUAUUUUGAUUCGACCGGACCCCUCGAAGCAGUUCAUUCUCAUCACGGACUGGCAACCGGAAGCUAUUUCCGCUAUUCUAGCGCAGAAGGGGAACGAUGGUCGCGAACACGUCAUCGAGUAUGCGUCACGAACCGUACCGGACGAACGAAGAAACGACUCCGCACCUCAGGGUGAGUGUUAUGCGGUAGUUUGGGGAAUCCAACACUUCCAUCCGUAUCUCUACGGACAGAAGUUUCGCCUCAUAACGGAUCACGAACCUUUGCUGGCGCUGAAGAAACUCACCAACUACACGGGCAUGAUUGGCCGCUGGGCGGUGCGACUACAAGAAUACGACUUCGAUAUCGUCCAUCGAAAGACAGAGCGACACGGCAACACGGACGGGCUGACACGUCUGCAUCGACCUGCCAAGUGGUCGGCUUGUGUAGAGGGGGCCGCAGAGCGCAUCCCGUCGUCGCAGCAACAAUAUCUGGAUCCCCGGACGGCUCGCGAUCCUGCCUUCUUCAGGCAUCCUACGGCGAAGCAGCUUGCGGCCAUUCGAGAAGAAGAGGAAGAGGAAGAGAGUACCGGGAGUGACGAAGACGACGACGGACUGGAAGAAGGCGGGAACAGCGACGAAGAGCUCGGGGAAGAAGACGAAACCCCCGAAGAAGGAAGCUAUAGCGAGCAUAGCAAGGGGGAACAGAGCGAAGAAGAAGAAGAAAGCGAGGAAGGAGAAGAGGAGCACGACGAAGAGCCUGUUGGAUCGGAGUGGGAAGCCGUGCCAGAAGAAGCGCUGCGUACGGGUACGGAGGCUGAGGAUCCCGAGGCGGCCCGCAAAAGAGAAGAGAUCGCGACCGGGAAGAAGGAGUUGGAAUUCGCAAGCGCGGCGAGUCUGCGCACCCUCGACGACCCAAGCCGGGAUCCGAAGCUGCCCCGGCCUGAAGAUGGCGACCUCACAGCCACGACUCCGACCCCAUCUGCGCGGCGACGGAGCCGAUCCCCCUCCUCCUCAACCCGUCCCCCAAUUCGCCGACGUACCGAUACGGGCAAUCGGCCUUCGUGCCCGAUCACUCUCUCGCCGUCCCCUUGACUACCUCACCCUCCGCCAGCUCACCACCCCCAUCACGUUCCCCUCCAAUCCGUUUCCCCGCGACACCUUCCGCCAC